CUAGGGUUUCAUUUCAUCUGAAUUUCCACUGCAAAAAAAAAAAAUGAUAUCUCUUAGAUUAUGGUAUCUUCUCCACAUACUUACGUGCUUUCUUCUUUUGAUUCAAACAUAUUGUGAAGAUGGAAGAAAGAUCAUUCCAACGGCGUUGAAUCCAAGGAGUCCGUUCACAUCACUAUGCUUCAAAAUAUCCUCGGCAGCAAAUUUGCAGCAGAUGCUUUGCUACACAGCUACAAGAAGAGUUUUAAUGGUUUUGUUGCAAAGCUAACAGAAGAGGAAGCAAUGAAAAUGAGAGGACUGGAUGGUGUUGUUUCUGUUUUCCAAAACAAAAAGAAUGAGAUGCAUACGACAAGAUCCUGGGAUUUCAUAGGCUUAUCUCAAUCUGUGGAAAGAACAACUACAGAGAGUGACAUAAUUGUUGGAGUAAUAGAUACUGGAAUUUGGCCAGAAUCUGAUAGUUUUAAUGAUCAAGGAUUUGGUCCACCUCCACAAAAAUGGAAGGGCACUUGCCAUAACUGCACUUGCAAUAAGUACAUAACAUUUCUUACACUCAUACAUUUAUAG